CAUAGAAGAAAGAAAGGGACCCGGAUGCCGAAAGUAUGGAGUUCCCUUUCGACUUGGACCUGCUCUUCGGCGAGCGGAUCGCGACGGUGGAUCAGCACUUGCAGCCGUCGGGCAGAAAGGGAGCCGGGCUCGGCGCGUCUCAUAGAGUUGAUAUGCAGCAACAACUCAUGAAGAUCAUAGAUGAGAUGGGCAAAGCCUCUGCCAAGGCCCAGAAUCUGCCAGCUCCAAUCACCAGUGCCUCACGGAUGCAAACCAACCACCAUGUGCUCUACAUCCUGAAAGACAGUGAAGCAAAAAUGACUGGGAAAGGGAUUAUAAUUGGCUUCCUCAAAGUUGGUUACAAAAAACUCUUUGUAUUGGAUCGUCAAGGGGCCCACAAUGAAGUGGAGCCUCUCUGCGUGCUGGAUUUCUACAUUCACGAGUCUCUUCAACGGCAUGGCUAUGGCAAGGAGCUCUUCCAUUACAUGCUGCAGCAAGAGCGAAUAGAGCCCUAUCAGUUGGCAAUCGACCGGCCAUCAGAAAAACUUCUGUGCUUCCUACGGAAACACUAUAGCCUCAGUGACACAAUCCCCCAGGUGAAUAAUUUUGUAAUUUUCCAGGGCUUUUUCAGCCACAAGCAUGCUCCAACAAGAAAGCUGCCUCUCAAACGCCCUGAGGGAGACAUAAAACCAUAUUCGCUGUCAGAUCGAGAAUUCUUGAAGGAAGAGACUGAGCCACCUUGGCCCUUUAACCAGUCUCGGGCACUGACCCGCUCUAGCAGUGUGGGGAAUUCUCCAGUGCGAGGCUGCCUCAAACCUUUUCUCAACGAGCAAGAGUUGCUGAAGAACUUGCGUCUCUGUCCCCCACAUGCAGCUGCCCAACAUCUGAUCAAUGGUGAUCCAGGCAACUUGCUUUCACAGAGACGGAGAACCAGGGGGAGCUCUGAAAAGGACAGCCUGAUAGCUAAGAAAUGUUCCUACAGCCGCUUCAAGAACUCUGCUGAAAGCGCAGAAGAACCUGAGAAAAGACCAAGUGAUAUAAGGAAUAACCCUGAUUCACCAAGAGCAACUCAGAGAUCAGACAGCAAACCUAAAGGCACUGCUCUGAGCCAUCCCCAUGAUCCAGAACCAUUGAUCAUUAGGCAGAUGGAAGAGGCAGCCCACGUUCCUGAAGAAUCUUCUUCUCCCGUGAUGGAUGCUCAAAGCCUGGAUGAUUCAGCCUUUUUGGAAAAGACAAAGAACUCCAAUGUUUUAACAGUCCCUUACAAGAAUGCCAUUUGCAAAAGUAACCAUCAUGUUCCCAGGAUUCCCCUGAAACAGAAUAAGGGGCUGUACAAUCUGGCCCCAAGCUCAUGGCAGAUGAAGCCACUGUGGAUAGUAGCAGGAAGUCCUCAUGAAGCCAAGUGGAUCCACCACAAGUAUCUGUAUUGCAAUACCAGACCUUGGUAAGGGAAAUGGACCAAAAACUUGGCUGUUAACAGAUAAUGUUGUCUAUAGGAAGUAGGACAACAUAGCCAACAGCGUUGUUAAAGUAUUAGUUAUUGAAAUCUUCCUCUUCUCCGUUAUUAGAUCUGACUAAGGGGGUAGCAUAACUUUUCUUAGGUUUGCUUCUUUAGAUCAGAGUAGAAGCCAUUUAGUAUUGUUUGCUACUUACUCCAUAUACAGUAUUGGGGUGGUGAAUCUGGUCCUCUAGAACAGGGGUAGGCAACCUUGGCUAUUUUAUGACUCGUGGACUUCAACUCCCAGAAUUCCUGAGCCAGCCAUGCUGAGGGGAAAGGGAGAGGCUUCCAAGCUGAGCCAUGCUGGCUCAGGAAUUCUGGGAGUUGAAGUCCACGAGUCAUAAAAGAGCCAAGGUUGCCUACCCUUGCUCUAGAACAACAGUUCCCAAACUUGGCAACUUUCCAAGGCAGCUAUGUUGGCUGGCCAAUUUUGGGAAUUGAAGGCCACACAUCUUAAAAGUUGCCAAGAUCGGGAAGCCCUGCUCUAGAUGAUGUUAAAGUACAACUGACAGCAGCUCCAGUUAACAUAGUCAAUGAUGAAGGGUCCAGGAGUUGUAACUCAAGAGACCUUCUCACAUCUGCCUGUAUUUUAAAGGUACGGUC